AUGGUGCUUCUACAAUUAAUUAGUCUAUCAGUUAAUAUUUUAUGUUUAAUACAGAAAGUUCCUCAAAUUUAUCAAAUUUAUAAAACAAAAAAUGUUGAAAGUGUAUCGAUAUCAUCUGUAUUACUUGAAGAAACAGCUUAUACAUUGAUGUUAACUUAUAAUCUUUGGCGAAAUUAUCCAUUAUUAACAUUUUUUGAAUAUAUUUUUCUCUUUAUACAAGAUUUACUGCUCCUUUGGGCAUUAUCAAAAUAUUCAAUCAAAGAUUCAAAAGAAAAAGACAAAUUGAAUGAUCGAUCGACUCCAUUAUAUGGCAUAGCUAUUCUCAUGGGACUUAUACCAGCAACAUGGAUGCAAAUGUGUACAGUAUUUGUGAUUCCAAUUAGUGCUACAUCAAAAAUAGCUCAACUUCGAACUAUUCUAACAAAUAAAAGUGUUGGUCAAGUUAAUCGAUCUGUUUGGAUAAUGGCUUCUUACAAUAAUUUUGCUCGUAUACUCACAAAUCUUAUUGAAACACGAGAUAAAAGCAUGGUUUUAAAUUUAUUUGUUAGUUUAAUUCUUAAUACUUCAAUUGUUAUUGCAUGUACGGUCUACAAAUAUGGACCCAUACGAAAACCCAAGGAUAAGAAAAAGAAAAAGACAACAUAA